CCGCAGCCACAGCUACAACUCGUGGAGGCAAGAAUGACACCGGCACCCCCAUUCACCAAGACAACCUGAUCGUAAGGGCGGAUCUGAUUCAUUUCUAUCUUUGUAAAAUAACCUAAUGAUGGCGCUUAUCACUGCACCUUUACGGACACGAUUGACCGCGGCUGUUUUUACAUUCAUCGCACUGUGGGGAUUUGCGCUUUCCAUCACUCGGUACUCUAUUCCGGAGGAGAUGGAGGAGGGCUCCUUUGUUGCCAAUCUGGCCACAGAUUUGGGUCUGGAUGUUCGCAGUUUGGUGCAGCGCAGAGCAAAGCUCGAUGUCAUCCACAGCAAAAAUUACCUCGACAUCAACAAAGAGACAGGGGAGCUGAUAAUCCGCGAGAAGAUGGACAGGGAAAGCAUAUGCAUGACUAAAACAACCUCGUGUUUUCUGAAAAUGGAUGUCAUUCUUGAGAGCCCCAUUCGCAUUUUUAACAUCGAGCUAGAAAUCAUGGACAUCAAUGACAACGCGCCCGUGUUUCGCAGAAAGACAAUGCCCUUGGACAUUUCGGAGGCAACCGCUCCCGGUGAGAGAUUUUCAUUGACAAAUGCAGUGGAUGCGGAUGUGGGGGCCAAUUCAAUCAAGACCUACUAUCUCAGUGAAAGCAAAUACUUCAUCAUCGAUAUUCAGACUGGCAGCGACGGCUCCAAAUAUGUCGAUCUAGUCCUCAGUGGUAAUUUGGAUCGAGAGGAGCAUGCAGUUCAUAAUUUGAUUUUAACUGCCGUGGAUGGAGGGGUGCCUCCCCGCUCCGGCACAGCCAGCAUCAUUAUAAAUGUCCUGGAUAUCAAUGACAACGCCCCCCUGUUCAGUCAGCCGGUGUUUGCAGUCAACAUUUCAGAGAACUCGGCUGCAGGGACAGUGAUCAUGACCCUAAACGCAUCAGACUUGGAUGAAGGCACGAACGCCCAGUUAAUGUACUCAUAUACACUGUACACCUCAGAGAAGACCCAAGAGCUCUUCUCACUUGAUCCAAACUCAGGUGAAAUCAAGGUGAAGGGGGUGAUCGAUUAUGAGGAGAGUCAAAGUUUUGAGAUGCACAUUCAGGCUCAGGACAGAGGGUCGAACCCGCUGUCAGGACAUUGCAAAGGCAUGGUGUUCAUCACAGAUCUGAAUGAUAACUACCCUGAGGUGACCAUCAAGUCUCUGAAAAGUGCACUGACUGAGGACGUCUCUGUAGGGACCCUGAUUGCAGUGGUCAGUGUCAGCGACAGGGACUCGGGAGUCAACGGGGAAGUGGAGCUCACCUUGAAUCGGCAGGAAACCUUACCAUUCAUCCUAAACAAAUCUUCAGAGGGUUACUUUGAGCUGCUGGUUUCAAAGCCACUGGACAGAGAGAUAAUGAACAAAUAUGACAUCACGCUGAGGGUGACAGACAAAGGCUCGCCGCCCUUAUCUGAAAACGAGACCAUCACUUUAGAGAUUCUGGAUGUCAAUGACAAUGCACCCACAUUCUCUCAGUCCUUCUACACGAUCCACGUUGUGGAGAAUAAUCUACCAGGGGCGUUAUUGACAUCUCUAAGUGCAUUUGACCCAGAUCUAAAUGAGAACCAGUACUUGGUUUAUUUUAUAAUGGAGAAGGAGAUUGUUAACACGUCUAUGUCAAUGCUGUUCUCCAUCAACCCUGAGAACGGUGAUCUUUAUGCCCUGAAGACCUUUGACUAUGAGAGAGAGAGGGAUUUCCUUUUCCACAUCGAGGCUAGAGACUCUGGUGUUCCCCCGCUGAGCACUAAUGUGACAGUUCACAUCAUCAUUCUGGACCAAAAUGACAACACUCCUCUCAUAGUGUCACCUUGGCGGGCCCAAGGCUCUGUUGUGGAGGAGGUGAUACCGAGGUCCACAGAUAAGGGGCACUUAGUCGCCAAAGUAAUUGCUAUUGAUGCAGAUUCUGAGCAGAACUCCAGGGUCACAUACCAGCUCCUGCAGAUCAGUGAUGCAACCCUCUUCAGCCUGGAUCAGUAUAACGGUGAAAUCCGGACAACAAGGAUGUUCAGUUAUAGAGACCCAAGACAACAGCGGCUUGUGAUUGUUGCCAAAGACAAUGGUGAACCUGCUCUCUCUGCUACUGUCACCAUCAAGAUAUCAACAGUGGAACAUGUCAUGUCCUUUUCGGAGACUACAGAGUUGCCAUUAGAAUAUGAUGUCUUCACAGACCUAAACUUGUACUUAGUAAUAGGUUUAGGAGCUGUGUCAUUUCUGCUACUGAUAACCAUCUUGGUUAUUAUUGUUCUGAAGUGUCAAAAACCGAAGCCGAAGGCCAUCAAAAUCCCCCCACCCAAUAGGAACAGCGUGAUCAGCAGGAACAGCGUGAUCAGCCAGAGAAGCUCCACCAUCGCAGAUUCCACCCUGAUCUCCAGCGAUGCCUACUGGUACAGUUUGUUCCUUGCAGAGACCAGGAAAGGAAAAGUGGUGGUGAGACAGCCCAUAAUUCCCAAAGGAGCUGGGUAUUUUGUGUCCAGUAUACCCAGGAGCAUAGGGCCAAGCGAGACCACAGACUCCAGAGCAUCCACACUAGAGUACUCAAAAUGAAAGGAAGUCCAUUCUACAACUGGAGCAGGAACCCAGAAGAGAACUGCCAUGAUAUAAUCAUCUCUUCAUUGGAGUCUCUGGCUGAAAUUCCUCCCUGUGACUCACAAAGAAGAUGUGAAACAACUGUCCUCCCUCAGUCGCCAACUCUCUAGUUCCUCCAAUUCCCCAUACUAACAUCGACCACUAAUCACCUCAGCUUUCUACCUAUUGUUCUCUUUUAAGCAUGAAUGCAUGAUUCUACAACAUGUUCAAAAUUCUUGGACGUAGAAUUGAAAUCAUUUACGGUAGAAUAUCUGGGCGUUACUAGAGUGGCCUCAUGUAGUAAGUCUUUCCCGCCUCCUUAAUGCUUUGAAGCUCCUCAGUAGACAAAUUUGCCUUCUCUCUAGGGUUUACGCUGUGUGCUGUAGUUCUAGAAACCAUAUACAUAAGUCACCAUGCAAUAUUUCUCAAAACACGUCUAACUAUAAAUACACAAAUGAAUCAGGGUGAAUAUGAUUCUUCCAUAAAUCUGUUAGUUACUGAACUGUAGCUGGUUAUUGUCAUUGAUUCAGGUUUUUCACUUGGUGUUCUUCUUUGUUUCCUUGUUUUUUUAAUAGAACAUUUCUACUAUAUUAUGAGUCUUGCUGUUUAGCAAGGCUCGUACUGUUGACCAGUAACUUUCCAAUGAAAAUGAUCAGUUAUUAAAUUUUAGAUUUUUUACAAUUUUUGUUCUACUUAACAGUGAUGAAUGUGUGAAAAAAGAAAACUGGAAAAUGGAAAAAAACAAACUUAGGAUCAAACAAUGUUUUUCUUUUUAUUUGAAAGUAGAUACUGUAGUUCUAUAGAUUUUUGACACCUUCACUAACAUCAGGUGUGCAGUUCAUACUUUAUAGACUUCAGUUGCUGUUAUAAAGUAGAUGAUUGGGCACACAAUUAUCUGGCAGUAUUAGGGAGACACAACAACACUGCAAUAUUGAUUUUCGAACGAAAAAAAAAAAGUUUCUGAAACAUCGAAACUGUUUCAGCCUGUCUCCUCUUGUGUGCUGAGUGAGCGAGGGUGCAUGGGGGAGGUGUGUCCUCAGGUUACAUUUUUAUUCCGUGGUACUCUGACAUCACAGACUGGGGUGGGGCCAGAGUGGGCACCAAGUAAACCCUUCAAACAAGGUAAACCAUACUUUUCAAAACAGGGUCAAAUGUCAAGUCACCUUUCUUUGUGACACGAUUUUGCUUAUCACACAUAUAAGCUAUUACCUUCUCAGCUUAUUUCUAACUGACUGUUCCCCGGCUGAUAAAACUGAUAAUUCAAGCAUUAACUGUAUUUAUCAUUGCACACAGUGCAAAUUAUAUUAAUCAAUUAAAAAAUACAAUUACAGCGGAAAUUUAAAAAAGACAUUUGUAAAGAUAAAUACUGUUUAUUAAAAAGAGCAAGAAUAUUAAAAUGUAUUUAUCUUUGCCAUGGUACAAGGGAAUAUAAAGCACGGUGUUGUUUUAUGAAUAUUCAUGUUUUUAUAGAUAUUUUAUGUAUUAACUUUUAAUGCUGAUUUUGUGAGCUUCUUAAAGACCAUUUUGUGUUGCCUAUUUGUAGUUUAGUGCAUAUGAUGUUGUUUUGAUAGUGUACAUAAGUUAAACUAAAACAAGAGUACUUUUCUUGACCUCAGAGGUAGCGCAGCUGCACUACUGUCAAGCCAGGACUUUAUUUCUCAGAAACAAGGAGCUUAUUAAGACGACUCAUUAGGGUGCUAAAUUAUUAAAUCUAAUUAGUCAGGUAAGGAGAUUGCAUUGUGAGAAGGAGAACAUAGAGUUAUCUAUAGUUGCAGUAUUCUAGAUCUGACUUUGCAGGUAAAAAAAAACAACAACACUACUGAUCACAUAGAGAGCGCAUAGAAAGUAUUGAGCAGAUGACAGCUUUUUGAAAAAUGCGCUGAAUCUAAAUGUGAUGGUAGCACUCGGAUGUAUCGAGUUACACAUUCUGAGUCAGUGACAUCUAACCUCGCUUUCCCCCUCUCGCUGUUACACCAGGCUGCUCAGACAUAAACACCGCCGGCUGUCUGUCUGUCAGACUAAAGAUGUCACUUAAUGAGGGAUGUCUUGCUGCGGAGCACAUGUUGUGUGUGCAAUCACUGCCUGAACCGGUUGAUUCCAACAGUGUUUAGAGAAUUCAUAAAUUGCACAUAUGACGAGCUCCUUGCGUGCCUUCUGCAUUGUAAAAGAUAUAUGUGACUGUUGAUGAAUGAAAUAAUGGCAUUUCGUACAGUAUUACAAAUUACAGUUAUCCCCAUUAGAAAAUACUACCUUGGAGUGUUUAGGACUUGUUGGAUAGGGACUCAGCCUGCUGGUUUCAGAACAGAUGUUCUAUUUAGAACCAGUAGAUGCAUUUACUGUAAAUUGAACUGCUUUAUACUUUGUGUUUUUGAUACAGUAUACUUUUUUGAUAUCUUCUGUAUUCACUGUGAUCGAAUGGCACAGGAGGUGCUUGUGCGUGGUAUAGUAAAAGUGUGUUAUUUCUCAUUUGUGUACACAGUUCAGUUUUUUCCUCUGCUGAUUUGCCUGUCAGAUUGUACAGUAUGCUUCGAGAGGUGCAUCAAACGGAAUCCAACUCCAUCCCACUUAGUGGAUCAAAGACAUUAUGGGAGAGAAUGGCCUUGCUUUAUUUUCAAGUCUAGUUAAUUGUCAGAUUUUGAUGUUGCUUAUUUGGCUUAAAUGUUCUGCCUGAUCAUGCUAGUUUGAAUAAAGCUUUUUAAUCUGU